CUGACGCUCUGUCCCGAAUUCACGUGUAGCCUACUCACUGCCCUUUCAAGAGCAUCAGACAUUUUAAGAAGUGUCUCAAAACCCCUAGCUAUGCGUCUUCACCUGAUAGCCUUUCAUUUCGCUGCCCCAUAAUUCAGCGCGCGAAGCAUAGCUACUUGUUAGAAUGAAUUUUGAGAAGAACUCAUGGGACGCGACGCAGUGCAUUUUGUUUUCAUCACCGCGGUGGUUCUGACGUAGUGCUCGGCUCUGUGUAGACGGGACUGCAUGCGCGUGCAGCGUGCUCCGCGCGUGAACCGAACCAAAACGCUAAUCUGAGGAUGAGGAUGAUGAGGAGGAUGAGGAUUAGGAGGCAUUGAACGGGACAGCCGGCGACGUCAGCGAUCGAUUCUCUGUAGCUGGUUUAUGAUGUGAGACGAACGGCUGCACUUCGUAGAGACAGCGGGGACGAGGACCUGCAUCUCAGCGCGGGAAAAAAAAAUAAAAAUAAAAAAUAAAAUAAAAUCCCGGUAAAGACGCCGCGCGCUUGCGACAAUAAGCUUAAGGGUCCGUUUAUAUGUAAUAUUAACGUUAAUGCAUUCAUGCACGCGCUGAUUUGUCUUCAAGCUCUCAUCGAAGACUGAAGCAUGCGCCAGUUCGCGCUGGACGUCGGGACGUUCGUGACUCUGUGCACGGUGUGCGUGUGCGACGCGUCGCGCGGCUGCGGGGAGAUUCAGUGCGGCGCGCGAGCCAACGGCAGCGCCACGUCGGCGGGCUGCUGCGAUUUACCGCUGCGCACUUUCGCCGAGCAGGCGAGCUGGCUGGCUCGGAAGCUGUCCGGGCUGCUUAUCCUGCUCGCCCUUUUCGCCGUGGGCUACUUCGUGCAGCGGCUCGUGUGCCCGCGUCACCGCCGUCGCGGCCGCGCGCCACCGGAGCCCGAGUCGCUGUUAGGGGCGCGCGCCACCGCGUCGCAGGACACGUUGCUGGAGCGCUUCGAGGACGGCGGAGGAAUGGACGGAGUGGACGGCUUCACAUCGCCCGUGCUGCAGCCGCCGGCCUACGACGAGGUGAAAGACCUGCCUACGUACGAGGAGAGUGUGCGCGCGGCCGGGGGAAGCGUCAGGCCGGCGGCAGCGGGGCGCGAGAGACCGGAAGCAAGCCGGAUUUUCAGAAACUCUGUUUGACGGGCAUUUUCCUUUCUCAAACAAUACACAAGUCAUUUAUCUGAAUUCAAGUGCAAUUAUAAAGUGGUGGCGGUGUGUUUUAAAAUGUAGGUGAGUCGCUCGUGACCCAGAACUUUUCUAGUGUUGUGUUUCUUUUUAUAUGCUAUUUAUAAGAGAGACUAUCACUAACCACUGUACACACUCUGGACUGGGGGGGUGGGGUGGGGGGGGUUUGGGGGGGGUUAAGGUGGGAGAAUAGGACUAGUGAGAUUUGUGGAAUGAUAUUUUUCAGUUAAUGCAACUGAAAUAAAUAAUGUAACGAAUAUUUACCACAAACAUUAAUCAAUCAAUGACAUGAGAUGUAACACAGAAAUAUUCUUGCAGUUUUAUCUCUUUGGCCGGAGACUGUGAAACAUGCCUAAUACAUGCACCUAUUUAGUUUAGAUUUCGUCCUUUUGUUUUUACACAAUAACUGAGACCAGAGGCAAAAUAAUCAGCAUGCAUAUGGAAAAAAUACUUUCUCGGGGUAAACCAGUAGCCCGUUUCAGAACAGCUGUGCAGGUGCCUAAAUGUAAGGUACACAUCUGGGAAGGAAAAACUGAGGCAUACAUAAUUCAGUUCAGCUGACCUUAAAUUGGCAUAGGAAACCAUGCUCUUUGGUUAGUGCAGAUGUGCAGCAAGUGAUGAGGAAAGCAGGCCAGGACUUCUAUAAUAUUACAAUUUCCAGCAUCAGUGUUUAAUAAGCUAUAGUAGACUAUUCGCUUUCUUUUCAAUACCUGGAUAUUCUAAACACCGUUAAAAGCGCUUCGAUCCCAAGUGCGAUAACAGCAAGUUUUAGUGGAAAAAUAGCGUGUGAUGUUACUGAUCAAGGCCAGUGGUUUCAUGCAGUUCAUUAAUCCAAUUCCCUGUGUCCUGUAUCAUGUAGCGUUUUUCAAAGUGUGCUUGUAUCUACUAUGACAGGCCAGUAAUGCACAAGGCUUUAACAUAAACACAUUACUCAGAUACACACGAGGUCGUUAGGUUACUAGAUCUGAUGCAUAAAAAUGGUUUUGGCAAUUAAAUGUUGCAAUCCAUAUCAAACUUCCUCUGUAAACAGACAAUUUGUGCCAGUAGUGCAGUUAUUCAAUACGGCUCUAAUAGGUCAAAUAGAGGAAAAAUUGCGCCCAGAUCAAUGGGCAUAAUGGGAGGCAUUAGAAGAGCAGGACUUUGGUGUUUGAGCUGUUUUUGGAGACUCGAAUCCAGUCCCCUGUAAAAGUGCUUUGAAAAGUGUUUUAGUUAAAAAUGAUAAAUUAUAAAUUAGAGCUAUUCUUGCACACACACCUUGUUAUGGAUUUCCGCACUUGAAUUGACCACCAAAACCGAGUUGAGAGUCUUUGACCUUACGGAAAGUGCCAGUGCCCCUGUGGGACGUGUGCACUUAGGACAGGGUUUUACUGACAGCGAGGCGUUCCUCGUUGAGUCAUGGUCUGGCGUUUCAAUAGCCAUUCCAUCACUCAUGCAUUAAGACGCUAUUUUCUGACAUUUAAGAGUUCCCAGAAGUGGACUUCUUGUUAAUACUGCCCUCUUACAAGUCUUCGAUUGAGCACAGAGGAGCAGUGGCUUCCACAACGAGCUGGUCCAAGGCUCCUAAAGCUGAUCAAUCCAGAAAUGCUAAAGGAGCGGACAGUGCAUGAAUCAAUUGGCAUGAUUUUAAGUGUAUAAUAACAGGCUCAACUAACAUUUAUCCCAUCUGAGCAUGUUGUGUGAAGCUUCCCCUUUAACGAUCAGCCUAUUUAACCCUAAUUCACCCGCUGAUCCGGUUCGAACACUAGCUUGGUCCACAUAACAACUGUAGUUACUUCCAAGAUUCCACGUUACAGAAUACAGAGCUCAAGGAAUUGUUCAAAUACGGAUGUUUUUCAUAAGGAUGCAUAAUUUCCCUGCACAUUUUCAAAUUCGAUUCUAUAAUUAAGAACGAGGCAAUAAUCUGAUUAAAUGUACAUAAGCAUCAUUAAAUGACUUUGAAAUGUUCCAAAUAUAUACAAAAGUGUCUUGCCCUGAUUUUUCAGAACGUCAGGAAUAACAGCUAUGCCAUGCCAUGUAAACAAAUAUCUACUGGUGUACAUUGCAUCAUUUUAAGUCUAAUAAAGACUUCCACAUU